GCCCUUGGCCAUUUGAGUGCUGACUCUGACGGCGACAAGUUCUGAGCAAAAUGCACAUCACCUUCGAGAUCCUGAGUUUUUUGUUGCUUCCCAUCUUGCUGGCCAGAGGCGAGAUCCAGUGGAAUGAGGACUGUAACUUUGAGCAGUCGAUUGAUUUGGGAGCUUCGUUUUAUUUUAGAAGUCCCAAUUAUCCCGCCCAAUACCAACCCGAAACCAAUUGCAAGCUCAAAGCAGCAACCAAUUGGGCUAAUAACCAGCUGGAACUAAAGUGCAACAUCGACAUACCAAAGGAUAAAAAGGGCUGCAUCAAUCACCGAAUGGUUGUGAUCACCUUCGUGGAUUCAGUUGAAAACCCCAAAAGCACUCGCGUUUACUGCGGAAAAAGGGAAUUCACCGAAACAAUUUUGGAUCCAAAAAAAUAUGCGCAAAUGUACGUCGAAUUCACCUCCAAUGGCAAUAAAACGGGCAAAUUUGCGUGCACAGUUUCUAAUAAAGGAGUCAAAUAAAAUUAA